GCACCAAGGACGGCCAGAUGAUAGUGGUGGUGGCCAGAGAAGUCACCCUGCCAAAUAUCAACCUAGAGUCCAUCUCAUUCAAUGAAAACGGGCUAGGAUGCAGCACAGUUGACACCACUUCAGCUUUUGCCAUCUACCAGUUCCCCAUCACUGCCUGUGGCACUGCCGUGACGGAGGAGGCUCCUGAUGUGGUCAUAUAUGAGAACUGGAUGUCGGCCUCCUAUGAAGUUGCUAUUGGACUGCGUGGUGCGAUUACCAGGGACAGCCAAUAUCAGUGUACAUCCACUGCUACGCAUCUGUUUGUCAGCCGUCAGCCGAAAACACCUGUCAUCCCAGGUGCUUCCGGAAGCUCAGGGACCUUGGCAGUGCCACUUUCCAAAAGACCAAUGAGCAGGCGGGCGCUUUGGUUACCAGUUUGGAGAUUCAGUAUAUUGAGAGGAACUGAAGUGUGGAGUCGCACAACAACAAAUAUUUGCUCCUUGUUUGAAAUAAACAUCAAUGAGAAAGCCCGCCAUAAGGUUAUCAACAUUGCUAACAGCUGGAAGAAGCUCGGUUUGGCGGGAGGGGGGGCAACGCUUCGUCGCGUCCGAUGA